AUGCUUGCGAUGCUGCGUAAAUUGAUGCCAGCUAUCCGUAUGCGUGGUGGUAAUUGGUGUGGGCUCUCAAAUUCGGCGAUUUCGACGUCUGCUAUGUCUGCUUCUACAAUGUCGACCUCUACAAUGUCGGUAAAAUCUGCAGGAAGCAGUGUCAAAGGUGGUACUGGAAUAGUAUUCAUGAAUAUGGGUGGACCAGAAAAGACCUCUGAAACAUACAACUUUCUUUUUAGAUUAUUCUCUGACUACGAUUUGAUACCUAUCAGCCCAAGAUACCAGCAUAUUAUUGCUAGGUUUAUUGCUAAGUUCCGGACUCCUAAAAUCGCACAACAAUAUGAUGAGAUAGGUGGUGGUUCUCCUAUUAGAAAAUGGUCUGAGUACCAGGUCUCUAGAGUUUGUGAGAUUAUGGAUAAGAGGUGCCCAGAAACUGCGCCACAUAGGCCAUAUGUCGCUUUUCGCUAUGCUAAUCCUUUGACUGAUGAGACGUAUAAGAAGAUGCUGGAUGAUGGGGUUGAGAGAGCUAUUGCCUUUUCUCAAUACCCACAAUUUUCCUAUGCCACUACUGGGUCCAGUUUGAAUGAGUUGUGGAGGGAACAGCAGAAAGUAGAUCCUAACCAUCAAAUCAAGUGGUCCGUCAUUGACAGAUGGCCCACAAAUCGUGGGCUUAUUAAAGCGUUUGCAGGGAACAUUAAGAAGAAGUUAGAAGAAUUUCCAGAGGAAGUUCGUAAAAAUGUGAUCGUGUUGUUCUCUGCUCACUCUUUGCCUAUGGACAUUGUUAACACUGGUGAUGCAUACCCUGCUGAAGUUGCUGCUACUGUUUAUGCUGUCAUGCAAGAGCUGGAGUUCUGUAACACCUAUAGAUUGGUUUGGCAGUCACAGGUUGGUCCUAAACCAUGGUUGGGUGCCCAGACAGCUACUAUUGUGGAGAAAUUAAGUGAGAAAGUAGACGGUAUUGUAAUUGUUCCUAUUGCGUUCACUUCUGAUCACAUUGAAACUUUACAUGAAGUUGAUCUUGGGAUGAUCGAAGAGUCCAAGUUUAAGCACAAAAUAAAGAGAUGUGAAUCGUUGAACGGGAAUGAGACAUUCAUUGAAGGUAUGGCCGAUCUCGUAGAAUCCCACCUAAAGAAAGGGGAACCUUAUUCCAAACAACUCCCAUUGGACUUUAUGUUAGGUAACUCUUCAUCCCCAUUGCCUCAUCCAUCUGAUCUAUUUGGCCAACCGAAGAAACACUAA